UUUUAGAGGGCGCCGCGUGCGCGAAAAAGUUUGGAAGAUGUUGGCCGAUAAUCAGAGAUGGGCGCAGUGUAAAUAGAACACGCUCGCGUCCUCGACAUGCGGGUUUUGAUAUUGUUAGGGGACGUUUAAGCAAAACGCCGAACAGCCCUUGCGCUUGGCUUCGCGUUCAACAAGUCGGACGUGGGUUUCGGUGUCAAGAUGGUCCCGCUCUGGAAAAAGGCGACGUCCCCGACCAUCGAGGAAGCGGCGCGGGACAUUGUCAUCAAGCGUUCGCUGACCAAACAACUCGCUGGCUGCGUGCGCGACUUACAGCAGGAACUCGUCACCGCUGAUCCCGUCGUCACGGGUGGCGAGGCAGUCUCCAGGGUUUGCUUCUGUCUCGAGGCCAUCUUCAUCCACGGCCUCAAGGACAACAUCGUCAAGAAGAUGUCCAGCGUGUUCAGCAACAGCUCCACCGAGAAGCUGCCGACGCCCGACUUCUGGCCCGUGGCAAUGGUCUACUCGCACAAGGACGUUUUAGCUCAAAUCGCCGGUCUCAACCAGAUCAGCACAGACAUUGGGCGCUGCCGAGCAUGGCUGCGCCUCGCGCUGAACGAGUCCCUGCUUGUCAGCUACGUCGAGGCCAUGAUACGGGACCCGAAGACACUGCGCUGCUACUAUCGCCAAACUGCGUACAUGGCCGACCGGGAGCAGCCGGACAUCGUGAAGCAGUUCCUCGAGGGUCUCUCGGGUUACUCGUUCGGGCUACCCGUGAACUGCGCCGCCCUCAACUGCUGGAACACCAUGCCGCUGCAGCUGGCCGGCCUGCUCAAGUCGGCCGAACGAAUGGAGCCCGUGAUGCCCGCGUACGACGUCGCCGACUUCUUCCAGCACGAAGCGGGCCAAUCGAGGCGUAUGCGCAGCAAGCUGUCCGUGAGCUCGAGCCGCACGAUGACGUCCUCCAUCGCGAUCCAGGCGAGCGAGCCGCCACCCUCGGAGUCCCAGAAGCAGUCGCACGGCGUCGGCUGCGGCAGCGACAGCGGCGUCGACGUCGCGAUGGCGGGCGCCUCGCUGCCCGCUGCUGCGGCGACACCGUGCGCCGGCGCGUCUUCCGCGAGCGAGGCGAACCCCGAUGCGCCGCCGGAGCAGACGAAAGUGAUCGAAAUCAAACCCCCGUCGUCGCCCAAACACGAGGGCGCCGUGGCGGCUUCGGCCGGAAGCAGCAUCAGCGCGGCACAAGUGCGCGAACUCUUGCGAACCCUGAACCUCGACGCGAACGAAGGCAGCGCGGCGACGGCGGCCGACGUCUCCGGGUCGCCGGCGUCGGUGCCGGACUUCGACGUGCUCGACAAGUUCCCGCACGAGUCGCGGAGGUCCUUCGGGAACGUGCUGGACCCGACUCAGGGCUGGUCUUCUCCGUUCGAGGACGAGUACGAGGACGUGGGCUCGCCAGCUGCGACCGCCGACAAGUCGGACGGCUCGGAUGACCUGGAACAGCAGAGCUACGACUCCCUGGUGCUGAGCUACACGCAGAACAUCAACCAGCAGGUGUGCGGAACGCCAGAGAUGAGGGACCUCAUCACGUCGGCCAUCAGACCAUGCACAGAAAGCCAGGCUACACCAGGCAAUGCAAAUGUAAAGGCUGAAGACCAGCGUUCCAGUGCAGACUCCCUUGAUGACCUGGCAGACUUCGAGGUGGUUCCUACAGAGAGGGCCCCUGACGUUCGGACAAACGAGCUACUCUCGUUGAUGGGCCACAUUCAGCAAGAAAAAGGCCUCGACCAGCAGGGAUAUGCCUGUCGAGGCUGUAACUGCCCUAUUGGCAUGAUCUACGGCGCAAGCUCAGUGUGCUCUUACGAUGGCUACUCGUACUGUCCGGAGUGUAGCGGCAAUGAGGCGAAUGUGAUCCCAGCCCGUAUAAUUCACAACUGGGACUUCCGCAAGCACCCUGUCAGCCGUGAGGCUAAAGAGCUGCUGAAGAAGUACGAAGCUGAGCCUCUGUUAGACCUGAGGAUACUGAACCCUUCGCUGUAUGAUGCUGUUCCCGAGCUGGCUGCGACACAGGUUCUUCGCUCGCAGCUGGGUUUCCUGCGGCCUUACCUUCAGACGUGUUCUGAAGCGGCGUCCAGUGCCCUUCGGAAACUCAUUUGGCCUAGGGAACACCUGUACGAGCACAUUCACCUGUACUCCACCUUUGACCUCCUACAGGUGCCAUCAGGUAGUCUGCAGCGGACUCUAGAGAAGGCAAUCAAAUUUGCCCGCGGCCACGUUCUGGACUGCAACCUGUGUGCAGCAAAGGGCUUCAUUUGUGAAAUCUGCCGGGACCCUGCUGUCAUCUACGCCUUCGAUACGGAUGCGACCUAUCACUGCAGUGCGUGCUUUGCAGUGCACCACCGCACCUGCAUCGAAGACAGCGGUCGAGUCUGCCCGAAGUGCGAGCGAAGGCGUCAGCGGAAGGAGCAGGAGCAGGGAAUGGUGCUUUGCUCCGGGUCAGACGUGACAGCCGACAGUGCCUCUGUCUUUGCCUCUUGAGUCGAGGCACGACAGAUCUUCGGACAGUAGUGGAAAGGCCAUUUUUACUUGUGCCGAACAAGGGCUUAAGUGAGCUGCAGACAAAGAGCUUUUAAACUCUGAUGGUUUUGAUCAAUUUCUGACAAAGAGGGAGAAAGCCGUCGAUAUAGGCAGCAGCUUUACUGAACUGCUGAGCUAUCUUUGCGCUUCUCAAUGCAAAUGACAAAAAAAUUUUUAACAUGGCUUUUUAUUUCGCACUGGUGCCUACAUGAAUAAAUGCAUGCAUCUGACAAAUGUA